AUGCCACGGGCGCUCCUUCCGCAACGUUCAAUCGACCUAGACACGCCCAUCAAGAUCAACGCUCCUGCCAGAGCACAGUCGGUACCGCUAGAUAUACUCGCCUCCGUUGCACUUUCGGACGCUCAUGAUACUCCAACCAGGCCACAAACGCCGGGUUCACAGAUUCGACAGCCACUCUUCUCCCCAAAUCCUGGUCAGGACGCCUCGUCAGCUGCUCUUACCCCUACCGUAUGGAGGAAGGGGGUCAUGAUCAGCCAGGAGCAUGAACAGGAACCAGUCAUAGCUUUCUGUCCACGCUCCCUGCCAGCAGAUCAUCCGCCAUCACCUUCCCCUCAAGGCCGUACCGCCUCUAUCAACCUCUCCUGGAGAACGACACCCUACUCUGGACCACUUAGACCUUGGCAAGUACCUGCGAUUGGUCGCUAUCGACGAUGGUGGAACACGCACAGCGACUAUCCUGUUGACACAACACCAUGCCCAGCAGGACGUGGAGUCGUAGUGGGCUGUCUGAGACCUCAUCCAGACGCGCCCACUGCGUCUGGAAAUGAUGCGGAGUACGAACACGAUCCCGUUGCUUGUCAGAGAUGGCAUGAGGCACAAUUGACGAAGCUGGAGCCAGACUCGCCGGUAUCAGAGCCAAGGUCGAAGAUUUCGAAAACGCAACUGGAGAGGGAAGGUCCGACUCCAGGGACGCAGAGCAAGACCAGGAACGGCAAGCAAAUCCCAGCGAAGAAACGGAAACGGGAGCGGAAGGGCAACGAUGAUGCCCAUUCGGCUCCCUACUCGAGCUCCGACACAGAUGACCAGCCAGAUCAACGCAUCAAACGAGCCAUGUCAAUCAAGAAUAUCGUCAAUGGCCGAUCGCCACAGCCGGAGAAUGGUUCGUGGCUUUCGAAACCGAGGUCGCAGUGGGCAGUAAUGCGACGAAAGUGGAACGCGCGGAUUGAUGAUUGA